AUGCUCGCCAAUUCAACACGGGGCUUUCUGUGGUCGGAUGUCGAAACCAGAACCUUGCUGAAUAUCUGGGGGGAGCAGGACAUCCAGACGGCGUUGGACGGAAACUUCCGAAACAGUCAUGUCUACCGCGACGUCGCCCGAAGAUUGGGAGUGAUGGGGUUCGAAAGAACCCCGGAGCAGUGUAGGGUGCGAAUCAAAAGCCUGAAAAGGCAGUUUAUCCUGGCCAAGGAGGGCAACCUGAGGAACAAUGGACAAUACCACAAGAUCUGCAAAUUCUACGAUGCCAUGGAGAGGAUACUAAGCAGCCGUCCCCAGAUUGACCCCCAGGAGUUGUUAGACAGUGGGGCCGUGGGGGAUGAGACAGAGGAGGAAGUGGACACAGACCCUCCACAGGACCCAUACUUGGAGAGCACAGGGGAAUGCUCCUACCCAGAGACCCAAGUGAAGCUAGAAUACCCUCCCAUCCCCAUCCCUGUGACAGUGGGAAAUAGUAAGUACCAUUUAUUAUGUCAUUACAUUGUUAUUAUAUGGGUGAUUUUGCAAAUAUAGGCCUUUUUGUGUCACAGGGUUAACAUUUUAAGAUACAAUGUUAUUUAGAUUAUUUUUUUAUUUCACAUCCAUUAAGUAGAGACUAAAAUAACCGUAACUUAUUUUUUCAGCUUUCAAUGUUUAUUUUAUUUUCUAAAGCAUUUCAUGUCUGGAGUUCACUGUUUUGCACGGUUUUUGUCCUGUCUCACACCGACUUUUGACAUUCUGAUAUGUAUUACACUUACAAAAGUCUUGAUAAUUAUUUAAUGCACCUGUUUAAAAAAAGAGUCAAAUGGAAACUAUAUACAUAUUAGAUGUGCAUAAGCCAUUUGUUACUUAAAAAAAAAACAGUAAAUACAGUAGUCUCUAAGUAUUGUGUCAUUACCACCAUGCCAAGCAAAUUACAUGAUAAAGUUUUUUCAAAAGUUAGUGUACUUGGUUACCAUGGAUAUGGAUAUGUAUAGUGACAGUGGAGCUCAUGGAGGGAGAUUCAGAUUUUGAUGCCAGGAAAUGAUAGAAAAAAUAAAGGUAAAUAUGAUUUGAGAUAUUGUACAUCAUUACCAAAUAGGCUAUAAUUUCAUAAAAUAAUGAUUUAAUUAUGUGUAUUUAGGAUACAUUGUAUGCUAGCUGUUCAACUGAGGUUAGCAUGCUAGAAUCCCUGCUAUUUAUGACCAAAUACUGUAAACAUGUAAUUCCCACCACACGUCAUUACCACCACAUAAUGAACUGUGGUGGUAAUGACAAAAUGUAUUAGUUAAUCAAUUUCUACUAACAUAUAUUAACAAGAUCCUAUAAGAUACCAGGAGUAUCUUAAGAAACAAAAAAAUACCUCAAGAGAAAAGAAAGUGGUGAACUGAAACCCAUCUCACAACUUCCCCAGUGAGAAACAAGGGGGAAAAAGGAGGCAAUGGAAAAUAAAAGGAAGAUCAACUAUCCAGAAAAGACUGGUUAUGGAGUCAAACCUGUCAAGGAACACACCACCACACUCACCUACAGAAUGAUGACAUACCUGCCCCUCAAAUGGCACCGGAUUCCCCCUCCUGUUCAAACUCGGAAACCCCAAGACAGAGAGGCCGUAGAAAGGUGAAAAAAAAAAAAAAACAGAUCCAAGGUCUUCAGGGAUCUAUGUAUAGCCAAUAUGAAGUUGGAGGCUGCGGAAAGAGAACUGAGAAAGUAAAAAAAAUAAAAAUAUGAUGGAUUAUCAGAGAAGAUCGGGAUUUUGGAUUUCCCCCAGAACAAAAACAAAACAACAAAUGCGGUCAAAGCCACAGAAUCUGUUAAGAAUACUUCUGUUCCAUAACACCAUAAUCUCAGAGCUGCGAGAGAAAUACCAGAAGCAACAGAGUGCGAAAGACCAAUAAGUGAUAUUCAAUGUUUUGGCUGGGAAAAUACUGAAAAAGCAUUGCAUGGUAAAAAUGGCACAAAGAGAAUUUGGAUUCUCUGCGAAGACAAUGGGGGCAAACAACGAACAGCCAACCUGUCUGCAGUACUCAAAGAAACAUUCAAAUGCAAUCAGCCCAGCAAUAGAUGAAAUAAAAAGGUUAUUUGAACGUGAUGAUAACAGUCGAGCAUCAACAGAAAAAAGGGAAACAUUGACAAGACACAACAAUAAAAUGCAGAAGCGAUACCUUAACGACACACUGGCAAAACUCCAUCAGAAGUUCAAGAUAAUUACUAGAGGUCAAGCUGCCAUACAGAGUUCACCAAAAUACGUCCCUUUUGGAUUGUCAAUCCAUCAGUGAAAGACAGGGAGACAUGCCAGUGUAAGACGUGCCAACCUUCAGUUCAUGAGAGAGAGAGAGGUUUACUGUCAAUUUGACUGUAAAGGAGAAGGUGUACGGUACCCUUAACUCUACUGGAAGACUUCACUUCCAAUUUGAAGAACAAACUGGGGAAACAUGUCUUCCAUAUCAGACAUCGUACUCCACAUUUAAGAGGUCUGAGAAAAUAUUAGAGAAGAUGAGUUAAUCCUCCAUGUGGAUUUCACCGAGAACUACCUAUGCAAGUAUGCCUCUGAAAUACAGGCGGUGCAUUUUGGUGACUCACCAGCAGACAACACUUCACACUGGGGUUGUAUACACUAAAUAAGGUGUUGUGUGCUCAGUCAGCUCAUCAAUGCAUCAUGACCCCUCUGCAAUUUGGGCACAUCUCUCCAAAGUUCUCUCCCACCUCCAUGAGUUGAAUCCAUCUGCCACUGUCCUCCAUGUUGUAAGUGAUGGACCAACCACACAGUACAGAUCCAGGAAGAAGUUCUUCUACUUGAGCACAAUUCCAUUUCAACUGGGGUUUCAGAAGAUCACCUGGAAUUUUUGGGAGGCUGGACAUGGCAAAGGUCCUGCGGAUGGAAUCGGUGCAGCUGUGAAGAGCGAAGCUGAUUCCGUGGUGGCAAAAGGAAAGGACCUUCAGAACGUAAAAGUGUUCUAUGAGGAACUUUCAAAAGAGCAGUCAAAUGUGAAGCUCUUUUACGUCACAGAGCAAGAGAUUGAGAAAAGGGAUCUCCUGCUGCCAGAUUGUAUUUAGACGAUCGGUGGAAUAAUGAAAAUACACCAGCUAAUAUUUAUUAUGUAAAACUAUAGCUUUGUAACGACAAAAUGUAGAUCAAAUUGUAGAUUUUCAAAUCACUUUCUUUUCAUUCUGUUAACACUUUCCGUCUCCUAGUGCAACACUGCCCAUUGCAGACAUACAUGAGGGACUGAUUGGAAAGUGGUGUGUUGUGAAAUAUGAUGAAGACCCUUACCCUGGUAUUAUACAAGAUGUUGAUGUAGAGAGCUGCGCUCUAGUCAAGACGAUGAGUCGUGUGAGAGACAACCGAUUUAUUUUGGCCAACGAGAGAGGACAUUGUAUGGUACCAACCAGAGAAUGUGCUUGGGCUUGUCCCUGAGUCUCACCCAGUGACAAAACGGCAUAUGAUGCUUGAUGGCGCAGUCUGGGAGGAAAUUUGCUCUCUCAUUAAGCAAUAGAGAGCAUUAAGUGCAAAACCUAAUCUUGAGUGAGCACAUACCUGUCUCAUGAGUCUGAAUCAAUAGACUGCAGCCAGUUAACAAUAAUUUGUUUAAUGUCAACCAGUGUUUCCAACCUUGUACAUGUAUUUCUGCCUAAUGCAUUGAAUUCCACAAUUGUUCUAAAAUAUGCUUUAUGUUCUUGAGGCAUGUAACCUUUGUUUUUUGAGAUUUUGAAUGGUGUGUUCUAUACCUUCAAUAAAAUUAAACCUGUACAACUGUGACGUUAAAAUGUUUAAUGGUAUUUUUCCUCAGUUGUUUUAUAUGAAAUGACAUUUCCACCACACUCUGUCAUUACCACAACGUGAAGUAAUUACCAUCACGGUACAUAUUUUUGAGGAAAAUGUGUAUUAAAUUACAAUUGAUAUUGAUUAUUUUUUUCCAUAUGUGAACCUUAUAUGCUUGUUCUUAAGAUAAUUCCUAAAAUAAUGUAACAUUUUAAGAUGUUGAUGUGGUAAAUACAUGUUUCUGAGUAUCAUUCAAGGCAUAUAUGGCCAUUUAGACAUGACCAUGAUGAAUACAUAUAAUUAAGAAAAGUUCCAAAUAGUAAAAAAAAACAUGAUUUAAAAAAAGAUAAUGUGAAAUGGUGUAUAUAAAAUACCGUAAUUUCCUUUUCAACUAAAAUAGACAAUUUUAUGACGUGGUGGUAAUGACAUUUCCCCACGGGUAUUUGGGGAAACGGAUAAAAAUCUUUAUAUUCUUAAUUAUUAUGGUCUCAGCCACUAUUAGAUCUUGCUUCCAGAGUGAAGAAAAUAUGCAGAUAGAUAAAAAGCAGUUUCAAGAGGUUUCAUUUUCGAAAACAUUUAACAUCCAAAAGUGCCCGUAUUUGCAAAAUCAACCUUAUAUAGUAUGCCGAUACUUCCACAGUGGCAGCUCUCAAAACCUCCAUCCACUCUCCUCCACAGGCACCACAGUCAGACAGAUCAGCAGUCAAUCAGCUGGUGGGCCGUCCUCCAAGCGGCCCAAGAAGCGGCACGCCGACCUGCCCCUGGACAGUGUGAUGGAGCGGUUCCUGGAGCAGAGUGCCGAGGCCGAGCAGAGCUUCUACCAGAUGGAGGAGCAGCGUUUGCAGGCAGAGGACCGCCGGCGAGAAGCCGAACAUGCCCGCGAGCUCCACAUGCUCCAGGUGUUGGGACAGAUGUUCUCCAGCAUCGCCACCAGGAACCCUGUCGCCACAGCUACCACAACCACAGCAAUGCCGCCUGCUCAAAAUACCAUGCAGCCCGGUGUGCCCAUGUCCGCCUCCAGCCAAAUGAGGCGUGUUCGGUCGAAUCACCUCCGAGUCCGCUCGCCCCUGUCCCAGGCUAAGUGGGCAAGCUACUACAGUCAGCCACAGUCCCAGGCUGAGUGGUCCAGCUACCUCAGUCAGCCACAGUCCAACGCAGGUUUAGGUAUUAGCUUCUCUCACUCAGUUGGCCUGUGUUUGAGCAAUGGCCAGCUCUGGUGAGACUGCCUGUCAACAAGCAGGUCAAACAGUACUGAAUAAGGCUGAAACAGACCCACAAAGACAUCUAGGCUGAACUAAAUGCACACCCAACACACAAGCAGUUAGCGCAGGGAAGCGACAAAUUUUAAGUAGAAAACUCUGAAUACUUCUCUCUCUCUUCUUUUUCAGUCCUCGAGCGCUCCUUCUCCCUUGGGACAGCAGCACACCGAGGAAUGGAUGAUAUCCUUCCGCUGGUGAAGAAUAUAGUCCCUCCGCUGACGUCUAAAAAGCACAAAGGCCAAGAUGGGCGGAUUGGGAUUAUUGGGGGAUGUCAAGAGUAAGCCACCCUAGUGACCCAACCCCACCUUUUAACUCUGAUUUCUAAAUGAAGGUUUUCUGGAGGUACCAAAGAUAUUCUAAAAUGUUCCUCCUCUUAUUUGUGUCCUUUUGUUCCUUCCUUCUUUCUGCUUAUUGUUCUUGUCAUGGGAAGGUAUACAGGAGCUCCGUACUUUGCUGCUAUCUCUGCAUUGAAAGUGGUAAGCGCACAGUAGCUUUCUUGGUCCUGUGUCAUUUUUUUACUCUGGUGGAGACAUUGAUAUGAUGACAAAACCUCUGCUGUAUCACUUCCUAGGGGGCUGACCUGUCACACGUAUUCUGCACUAAAGAUGCAGCGACAGUGAUCAAAUCCUACAGUCCGGAGCUCAUAGUUCAUCCUGUGCUGUAAGUUCUGUUUUGCAUAGUCACUUUACCCCUACCUACAUGUACAAAUUACCUCGACUAACCUGUACCUCCGCACAUUGACUCGGUACCGGUACCCCCUGUAUAUAGCCUCGUUAUUGUUAUUUUAUUGUAUUACUUUUUAUUUUAUUUUAAACUUUAGUUUAUUUAGUAAAUAUUUUAUUAACUCUUUCUUGAACUGAAUUGUUGGUUAAGGGCAUUUUACAGUAAGGUCUACACCUGUUGUAUUCGGCGCAUGUGACAAAUAAAGUUUGAUUUGAUUUGAAUGGAAGCCUGUUUGUAAGCAGUGUCCAUAUAAUGCAUGUCUUUGUUGAUGAUAACAGUGUUAAUGUUUUCUAUAGGGACAGCCCCAAUGCGGUGGAGGAGAUAGAGAAAUGGCUUCCCAGACUCCACUGCCUGGUGGUGGGCCCAGGGCUAGGCAGAGACGAAAUACUGCUGAAAAACGCCAAGGCACGUGGGACACUGAAUACACACACACACACACACUGUCAAUUUUAGUUGACAGAUGACAUUAUAUUACCAAUGUUCUCAUGGCUCUUUUUUUCUUUAGGAAGUAAUUGAGAAGUCCAAAGCAAGAGAUAUCCCUAUAGUUAUUGAUGCAGUAAGUACUGUACACAAAACAGAUUUUCACUUUGUUAAUAGAUUUAGAUUAUUUUACACAGAUGUGCAGUGAUUUUUGUGUGUUCCACCAAUAGGAUGGACUGUGGCUGGUUGCUCAGCAACCAUCAGUCAUCCAAGGGUACCAGAAGGGCAUCCUCACUCCUAACUACAUGGAAUUCACCCGGUUGUAUGAGGCUAUGGUGAGUCUGCCAGUUCAGCUCUGUGUGUGUGUGUGUUUAUCAAUGAUCCUACUGUCUGUCUGUGUUUUCAGCACCAUGAGCCUCUUGAUAGCAGUGAUCAUCAGAGGAGUGCCAUGGAGCUCAGUGUUGCCAUGGGCAACCUGACUGUGGUGCUCAAGGGGGAGGAAGACCUUAUUACCGACGGCAACAAGGGUUAGUGUCUGUCACGCACAGCUACACUCAGACUAAGUGCUACAUUCAUACAUAUUCCUGUAAAGCUCUGACUGUGUCCUGUGUCUCUGUGGUGUCCAGUGAUGUUGUGUAGACAGGAGGGCAGUGGGCGUAGGUGUGGGGGACAAGGAGAUGUCCUAUCUGGCUCUCUGGGAGUGCUGGCACACUGGGCAUAUGCUUCCUCAGCAGACAUGACCAAAAGGUACCAUAUUCGUCAACAUUGUGUGCUUACGCACUGACAUGACCAAAAUUAAUAUAGUUCUACGAUAACAUUUGAAGGGGCUGCCUAUGUUACUUAGUUGGCCUAAUUUUACUGUGCAUUUGUCAUUGCUGUAACUGUGAUGUGUUCUCCAAUCUCUGCCUCAGUGUGAACCCGUCAGUGGUGGCAGCGUUCGGGGCCUGUUCUCUGACCAGACAGUGUAACAGACAGGCCUUCCACAAACAUGGGCGAGCCACCACCACCACAGACAUGAUCCAGGAGAUCAGCUCCGCCUUCAAAAAACUAUUUGAGAGCUGA